AUGUCGCUUAGUUCGCUUACUAAGCUAUCAGCUUUCGUUGACAUAUUUCAGGUUUGAAACGUUUCUGUACUAAUGUUGAUGCGAAUCUGCGAUACAGUAUGUGGCCCAGUUUCGGGUCAUUUCAGGUUUGAACUGCUAUAUCUUCCUUUUCAGGAAAGGUACGAUUUUUAAAUGCUCACUUGAGAAUAGGAAAGGUGUUUCUUAACAAUUUUUCAAAAGAUUGACUUUUCUUACCUUUCACUUUUAGAAUUAUUUAUAUUUUUAAGAAUCAUUUUAGGUGCCCAGUAUCGGGUCAACUGCACCAGUAUCGGGUCACUUCAAGUUUCUUUGUUUAUUGUAUAAAAGCGUUUGUUUUACGGCAAUUUUCGAUCAUUUUGUAUAGUUUCAACAUGUCUUAAGUUGUUAACAAUUUUUUUGUGAGGUUUUGACAAGGUUUAGACAUGAUAUUUCCAGCUUGAAACUACCUCUUCAACACAGUUUUUGCGGAGUGCGUUCUAAGCAGUGCUUCCACUUUCAAAGGUUGAAACAUAGUUGACCCGAAACUGGGCCACAAAGCCAAACUAAAACGUAAUUUGUGGGACCAGAAUAUAUCUCUGAAAUUCUGAAUAACUGAAUUGCCAUUUCAUAUUUAUAUAUUCUCGGCAACAAUCUAUCGUUAGCACAACAUUGGGCAGUUACAUGGAGAAUUACAUAUCAAUAAUACGAUUUAUUGUUAUUAGUUAGUUUUACUGCGCAGUGAAAUGAACAAAUUUUAGUAAAAGAAUAUAAACAUACCCGGACAAAAGGGAUUCUUCUUUGAAUACAGUUAACUAAAAAGCCUGCGAAAACUAUCAUCCAAAAAAGGAAAGGUUCACCAUUAUAUCUAUAUAUUUCAUUUCGCGUCGCUUUUUAUCUCGGCGGAAAAAAAUGAAAUCAAAUUUCUAUUGACCCGCUACUGGUACUGACCCGAAACUGGGCCACAUACUGUAUACUCGCUCGACACCGGCAGGGAUGAACCAAAUUAAACAACACUUUGUACUCGUUUAUAUUAUACUUAUUACCGUUAUACGUUAACCGUUUGCAACAUAGUACGGUACAAAAACGUUGUAACUAACUAUAGUACAAGAUCGGUAGAAUUAGAAAGCUAAGUAGUUAGUUCAAUGUACGUUAAUCACUAAUGAAGUUCUCGUCUAGACGACCUUGCUGUUAAGUAUUAGCGGUUUGUUAUAUAUGAAUAUAUUACAUGAUUAUACAGGGUGUCUCAAAAAAAACCCAAAAUCAUUGAAAUUGACGUAUUGUUCGAUAUUCAAUGCCCUAGCACUAAGUUAAUCCCACGAGUGCAUAAAAGAUUGACAUAACUGCUAUAAUGAAUGGUAAUACUCAGCGUAAACUUGUUAUGUCGGGCAUAAAGUACUAAACCCACGAAUGCAUAUUACGCAUAUUACAAUUUACGAAGCAUUUUUAAAUUCCCAUGAGCAAACAAACGUUCACUUUACAAAGAUAUUUUAAUUUUUUAAAACAAAUUAAUCACCCUGUCAAAAUCCUUUGUGUUACGGCAUUGAAAUUCGAACAAACGUUAUUUCAAUGAUUUUGGGGUUUUUUGAGACACCCUGUACAGGACACAAACAAGUUAGAAUUGAAAGGCUAAUAUGCAAAUAGCUAUCCUAAAUUUGAAUAAGUAUCUACAGGGUGUCUCAAAAAAACCCAAAAUCAUUGAAAUAACGUAUUGUUCGAAUUUCAAUGCCGUAACACAAAGGAUUUUGACAGGGUGAUUAAUUUGUUUUAAAAAAUUAAAAUAUCUUUGUAAAGUGAACGUUUGUUUGCUCAUGGGAAUUUAAAAAUGCUUCGUAAAUUGUAAUAUGCGUAAUAUGCGUAAUAUGCAUUCGUGGGUUUAGUACUUUAUGCCUGACAUAACAAGUUCACGCUGAGUAUUACCAUUCAUUAUAGCAGUUAUGUCAAUCUUUUAUGCACUCGUGGGAUUAACUUAGUGCUAGGGCAUUGAAUAUCGAACAAUACGUCAAUUUCAAUGAUUUUGGGUUUUUUUGAGACACCCUGUAUAACUAUCUUAAAUUAAACAUAAACAUAAACAUAAACAAUAAGCUACAGUAUAUAUUUUUGGCACUAACAAGCUAGGUAUUUAGUGCGAAAUAAGGCUGAAUUGGUUCUUAACUAACUGCAUGGUUCUUAUUUCUAGUCUAAAACAAUUGUUUCCCUGAUUAGUAUAGGUAAUAGCAUGGUUUCGAGUGCAAUUUGGAUAUAACAUGCACGAGUGAGUUUUUCAAAGACCUCAAAAUAGCACGAAUCCGAAGGACGAGUGCUAUUUGAGGUCUUUGAAAAACUCACGAGUGCAUGUUUAUCCAAAUUUCACGAGAAUUCGGAGAAACCAUGUCCAUGCUAUUACUUAUUAAUAAUUUACAUAAAAAUGUUCGAGACAAUUACGGUUUAAAGUUUUCCCGGCUUUGUUAUAUCACAUUAUACAACGCUAACAGCUUGAAAAUUCCACUCAACUAGGUAUGUUUUUUUAGUCAUUUUUAAGGUAAAGGCUUUUCCAUUUUUUAAAAAAGAUAAAAGCCAUAUUUUCCAACCGAAAUCAACUUUUACUUUAUGUAGCGCGGCACCAUGUUUGUUUUGUUUUGAAGCAAUCUGUGCCCGUUAAGCUACGGAUACACGGGCAAUACUGUUCUGGCGAUGGCGAUGCAAUGGUGGUAAAAUCGUUGCAUUGCCGUCGCGAGAAGGAAAUUGCUUGUGUAUCAUGCUCUGCGACGGCAACGCACAAAGCUGCGCGCAAUCGUUGCCGAAAUUUCAAAUCAUUUCAUUUUGGGCAAUGAUUGCCGAAAAUUGGGAGGUGUGGUCAAGGAAGGUCAAGGUUGAUGAAUGACACGUUUCUUGACCAGCCAAUGAAAAGCGUUAUGAAGAUAUAUAUUGCAGGUGAAAUAUUGCAGGUGUGGCUGGCCACCUUGUGCGACGGCAACGCAAUGCUGUUAUCACCCAUUGCGUAACCAUCGCAGCAAAAAUAUUGCUCAUUUGCUCGUGUAUCCGAAGCUUUACUUCUUUAAACUAAACUGCUUUAAACUGAUUGGUUAUUUUAUCAUCAUGUUGUUUUUCCACUAAUCAGAUCAGUUUGUUACACUGUGAUUACAAAAAAUUGCACUGUGAUUACAGAAAAUUGCACUGUGAUUACAGAAAAUUUUACUGCUGUUUGGGAUUAACUGCACUGAAAUCAACCAAUCACAGUCGAGUAAUAUUUUGAUGUAUAUUAUUAGUGAUGUUACAUAUGACACGUCUAGAAAUAUAUAUUACAUGUCUAAUAAUUGCUAUUUAAACGUCUCCGAAUUUGAUAAAAUGUACUUAUUGUUUGUAAGACAAUAUAUUGAUAAUUUAUAUAUGUGUGCUGUGGCAGUGGCUCGCCAAAAUCAGAAACCGCAAUGUAAUGCUUGUUAACUGUAUAAUAUUGUAGCCUAUAUUAGUAUUUUUGCACAAGUGAACAUAACAAAUCCUACACGUUGAUUGGUCAAAUUUGACGUAAUAAGCUGUUAUAUUCACCUACAGGUGAAUAUAACAAAACAGAAAUUUUCAAAAUGGCGGCUACCCGUUUUGUGGAAGUUUACUGACAAAGAAAUAAGCGAAAUUAAAACAAAUUCAGUCUCAAAAAACACAAAAGCUUGUGUAAAAAUACUAAAACAAUUAUUCGCCUCAGGCUCGGUGAUUAUCGGGGAAUAUUCACCUCGACUUCCUCUCGGCGAAUAUUGCCCGAUAAUCACCUCGUCUUCGGCGAAUAAUUGUUAAAUAUUCCUUGUUAUUCGAUCUAAACACAAAACAACAUGCAGGAAAAAUACAUUACAUAUACUGUGACAAUACAGUUUAAAUAACACAUAAUAUAAAUCUUUCUUACUUCUUUGGCCUUCUUCAAGCUCUACACUAGCAAAACAUGAUUGUAAAAUAUAAACCUUAUCCUAAUACUGUAUAUAUAAACGUCAAAACUACCUCUCAUGUUCGUUUCCAGCUCUUUUUUGUCACGUGAGUGUUCAUAAAGCUGCGUAAUCAACUAAACAGCCAGUAAGCAACAAAGUUCAAAUUAUUUAUGAUUUCAAACAAAUGAAUAUAUAUUUUCAUAUUUUAGAUCGAAAUGUGCAAUCGUAAAAAGGAAAUGUUACCUAAUGGUUGGGCCGUGGAUUCAGAUGGAAAGGUGAAAUAUUGUCAAUUAACUGAACGAAUGUAUGUGAUUUAAACGUCACCAAAUGAGGUUUUUUUAUCCUUUUCUGUUGUGGCGUCAGGAAACUAACGAUGGUGUGAAAGCUAUGGAUGGUGGACUCAUGCCUCUUGGUGGCGGGGAGAUCACAAGUAAAAACAUUUAAUCUUCCUACGCCCAGACCUUGAAAAAAUCUUCCUCAGAUCCUCAAUUUUCCCUUCUUAAAUAUUCCCCGAAAGUGCGUAAAAACAUUUAGUACAUUUGGCAGUAUGCGCCAUUACAUGUAUGGCAACUACAGUAUAGAAAACAUUGUUGACUGUGUAUUAUACAAUCAUGUCAUUUGUUGUAUUUUGAGUAACAAGAUUUCAAACUUGAAAAUGAGUGUCUUCGGAGUCUGGGAUCCCUAACAAAUCUUGUUUUUUGGUUUGUAGGUGGUUAUAAAGGUUAUGGUUUGGGUUUUAUGGUUGAACUAUUUUGUGGUAUAAUGUCUGGAAGUGCAUUUGGUCCACACGUACGAAGUUGGAACAAAAGUGACGUUGUUGCUGAUUUGGUAUGAUAACAUGCAUUCAUCACAGAUUUAUAUUUGAAAGACAAAUCUUUAUUCUUUACGACUUUACCUGGCAUGCUACAGUACAGGCAAACUUGAACAUUUUCCGUAUUCGUUUUCAGGGUCAGUGUUUUGUUGCUGUAGAUCCAAGUGUUUUUGCGUCAGGAUUUGAAGAUCGUUUAAGUUCUUUAAUGAACUAUUGUCGUACCUUAGAUCCGGUAAGAUUGUGUGAACAUCUAUUAAUCACUAGUUGCUAACCAGCAUGCAGUUGCCUCCUUAACAAUUUUGUGGCAAAUUUUGCAAUAUUUGUGCAAGUGGAUGGUAUAACAACCUGAGAUUGCGAGGAAUAACUCUGGGUUGUUUGCGCGGCAAGCUAAUAUAACUACUGGUGUUAGUAUAUUAAAAUUUCAUGUGAUAGGAUGUAUACAUAGUGCAGUCAAAAUACAAGAAACUUUCCACUUCCGCAAUUUGUUCUCAUUGACAGCAGAUUUUUCUGUUUUACUAAAUUAUGAAAUCUUCUUUGUUUUGAAUGAUAAUUUAUAACAAAGGAUGCAUUUUUCGUUACAGCAUGUUAAGGUAUAAAGGCUGAGAAAUUUAAACUUUACCGACGUAUUUGCCUGUAAUUCUGUAACCGCUAUGUGCAGACGUGUCUGUACAUAUAACAAACAUCAGUACUUACAGUCGUCAAAUUAUAAGAGCUUUCCCACUUCAGCUUCUGUUAUUUGUUCUGUAUUUAGAAGAAACAAGAAACCCCCAGGGUACAGCAACAUAUCUUUUGUAUGCGUUAAUUAGUUUGUAAAUUUCACUGUACUCACGUGACUGAUCUAGGCUGCUGAUGAAUCUGAGGUACUAGUUGCUGGUGAUCCUGAGAGAAAACACAUAUCUGAGGUUGAAAAAGAUGGUGGGAUACAUUAUCAUAUUAAUUUAGUUGGUUCUUUGGUAUGUAUACAAAAUCAAAGUCAAUAUGGUGGAUUUAUAAGGGCAUGCACGCAUGAGAAAAAGUAGGAAUCAAAUAUGCAUUUUAUAUCUAUUAUUUUGAUGAAAGUGAUCCUCAUUUACGUUGCAUGCAGUCAGUUAGGGAGCCAUGGAGCAACGCUGCCUUCAUAAUCUAAGAGACUGACGCUUCAAAACUUCAAACUGUUAGACUUAGUUGAAUUAGAAAUUGUGCAUGCCAACUCCAAAAAGGAUAUGGACAUGGGCGUACCGGGCGGGGGGGGCAGCCCCCCCAGUUUGUUAGGCAAACAAAGCCAGUCGGGCAAUAUUCGCUUCACAAUCAGGCAAUAUUGGGAAAUAUGCUAUUUAAUAGGAAUUUUUCGUAAUCACUCCCCGCCCCGCCGACAACAAUUUUGGAAAGUUUUUCCGGAAAAUUUUUUUUGACAACUUGGGCACAAUCCCAAAAAGUCGGGCAAAUUUCUUUCCGCCCCCCUAAUUUUUUCCUUCCCGUACGCCCAUGGAUAUGGAAGUAAUGGAGCUAUCUAUUCCUAUACACAUAAAUACAAUUUGCAGGCAUACAAUACGCUUCUGCAUGAACCAAUGCAUGCAACCAUAGUAAUUUCUUAGUGCCAUGCACGCAUGCAUAUAAUCCUACACGCUUUCUUGUUUUAAUAGGAUUCAUUGGCGGACAAGUUACUAGUGGACCGUAUGAAAUGUUUGUAG